AGUUUUAAUGUGAAUAUAGGCCCUGUUAUUUGGUCCAAACUCGACAAAUCUAUUCGAUCUUCUGAAUCAUUGCACACUUUUAAGAAGCGCAUCAAAUUGGUUGAUUUCACAAGCCUGCUGGACAGUACUUGUAGAGACUGUUCUUUAUGUAACAACUAACACUUGACCUUACUGCAUGACUCAUUGUUUCAGUGUUUUAUAUAUAUAUUUUAAAACACUAACAUACGUACAUGUAUUUCAUAUUUUAUUAACCCCAUUUAGUAUACAUUUUGACACGUUAAUAAAGUUCUUGUCUUAUCUUAUCCUGACAGAAAAUGUAUGUUGGGCUAGAAAAACUCUAAAUCACCGAAGUUCAUUUGUCUCUAAGGUGAACCUCGCCUACAUAGUCGGUUGUAGGGCCCACGCCAAACACUUGCACCGGUUUUCAAUUUUUUUCUGGGCCUAUAGUUUUAACGAGUAAAGCUUAAUAUUUACUAGCCAAAAUCAAUUCAAUUUGACCUUCUUAGCGAUAUACAUGAACAAGACUCACUGGCUAGACAGCCACUUGCACAGGCCAGUGAACUUGAUCCGCAUGUGGGUUUCCUGUGCCUUCACAACAAUUUUGGACUGGGUACGAACAACAUUUCCUCAGAGCACUUCAGCUGAAGUGAGUGAACGCUGCAAUAUUAUUUACAGUCUUCAUGGCUGAAGCAACAGUGAAUACGGCUGAAAGCCCUGUGGAAACCCCAACGUCCUUAGAAGACAAGGAAAAAGCAUCGAGCGAGGAAUUUACCGAAGAUGAGGUAGUUCAAACGGUCGAAGAACUCGAUUACAACCCCGAUUGCCCGGUUUGUUUGCAACCGUGUUUCUACCCAGUGAAGCUUCCAUGUGGCCAUAUCUUCUGCUUUUUGUGCAUUAAAGGAGUCGUUUUGCGCAGCCGAAAAUGCGCUUUAUGCCGUCAUUCUCUUGCUGCAGACUACCUUGAGAAUCCGACACUAAUUAAAGUCGUAGACAAAGCGAAUAAAGAGGAAAAAGCGACGAAAACAAAGGAGAAAACUGACGAUGAAACAGACGCGGACGACUUUGUUUGGUAUUAUGAAGGUCGAAAUGGAUGGUGGUCGUACGAUGAGAAGACUUCACUCGAGGUGGAAAAAGCUUUCAAAAGCGGACAGAGAUCUUGUACACUUCUCAUCGCAGGGUUUCUCUACGUGGUAGAUUUUGAAAAUAUGUUUCAAACACGCAAGAAUGAACCAGGUAGAAGGAGAAGAAUCAAAAGAGAUAAGAAAGAUGUGGAAAGCAAAGGUGUCGCUGGAAUCCGCAUUCCUGCUUCAUCAAGAUCAAUUUCAACCUCUCCUACUCAAACAGUAGAUUCCACAGCAAGUGAUAAGAGAGAUAAUGGCGAAAACCGAUCCGAAACUGGACAUUCCACGCUAGAAGAGACCACAAAUGUUGAUACCACACAACCGCAGACAUCAAGAGAGUCAACCGCACAACAAGCUGGAGAACAGUCAGGCGCCGAUGAGAUAACCACUAGGUUAGAAGAGGCAUCUCUUUAAGGAUUCUUUAUGACAACCGACUGCCUUGCUAUCUUGCCCUUCAGUGACCGAGAAGUUGCCAAACAGAAGUGGAACAAAGCCCCCAACAACACAAGAAUAAGGCGAAGAAAAGACUGAUCAGGAACAUCACCUUCUUCUUGAUAGCCUGCGGCAUUUACCAGGAGUUUGUGCCCCACAAGUCUGACUUGCCUCCAACUUUAUUCCAAUUUAUGUUUCAUUGGUAAUGCUAAUGAAUCUCAGUCGGAACUAACAAGAGGUUACCAAGACCCCCGAUCAUUUUAGUCAGCAGAACAAUGCAAGUGGCAACUACCAGAGUAACAUAACUGGACAUCCUUUUAAUUAGUGCACAAUCUCUAAUAAUUGUCAUUUCCUUUGAAGAGCUCAGACUUAUCCAGUAAGCACAGUAAGUUCCCGUUGGAGAUCUUAUGGUUAAUCUUGCAUUGCUUUAUUCUACAUUUACCACAGAGGGUCUGACUAACAAAUUGGAGGAAAAAGGGUAACUUAGCUGAGCAUAGUGCAAAGCAUGAUGAGUGAGCAACCUAAUUGUUUCUCUUUACCUAUUUGUGGACAAAAAACCCUGCUCUUUGCUUGCCCAUUUUACAGGCUUGACUCUCGUGCUGGAAAGCAACUUCAUAAGAAUAAUUUACAUCAGUUAUCUGUAUUCACCUUUUGAAGUACUCUCAGGCCUCUUCCUUGGAGACCCUGCAAGGAGACCCCUAUUUCAUUAAAUAUUGUUUUUUUUUUUUUGUGCAGAGGAAACUGACCAGAGAUGUCAAAUAUAUUUUCUGGGUUCCUAUUCUUAUUUAUGUUAUUUUUUCAUGUGUACUACAGAUGUCUUGCACCCCUUUUGGCAACAUUUCACGUGCAAUACUAAAUCCAUACAAAGGAGGAAAAUAUUUCCCAGCGUGAUUUUGUUGGUGCGAAAUGGACGGAAUAGUUUUCCUUGGCCACUGCUUAUUGGCAUUCAUAAUACAAGUUGUAUUUUUCUUUUUUUUGUGAGUAUACCUGUAAGUUUCAUAAAGUUAACAAGUUUGGUGUCUAUAAACAGUUUCAGUCAUUGUAAAUUAGUAAUAUCAUUAUUAGCUGCCAGCUAGUAGUUUAGUACUAAACAUGUUUGUGUUAAGUUGUGUACAAAAGACAUUUUGAACAUAUUACUUUCUUGCAUUGUAGAAUAAAACAUAGUAAUUAAACACUC